AUGCACCCGGCAACAGGCCCACAUCCCGCGAGCAGUUCGAGCCUACUACGACCCAAACCCCCGCCGCGUCCAUGGCCGCUCGCUUAUCCCCUCACCCAGUCUCCCCCAAGCUCGCGUCGUCCGUCCAUGGCGUUCACCGCGCCGGUAGGGGUGGCGGGAGCCCUUCUCCCCCUCGCCCUCCCCGCGCCCUCCAGCUCCGGCUCGGCCUCCUUCCUCCCCCGCGCCGGCGGUGAGUCCCGACGGCGCCGCUUAGCCGUCCCACGCAGAGGAGGCGCCAUGGGAGAUAGCCGGGGGAGAUGGAAUUGCCACAUGACUCGCUCUGCCGGCAAGGCGAAUGUGGUGACCGAGGACGAUGCGGUGAAUGUUGCUGCUGAUGCCGCCACGGACCAAGCUGCCGAUGAUGCCGCCGAUGUGCUCGAGUCCUUGAACCCUGACGAUGCUGAUCCAGUUGCCUGGAUAAAGCAGCAGCCUCUCCCUUAUCCUGCAGAUGCUCUGGAGCCAUACAUAAGCAAGGAGACGGUGGAGCAGCACUGGGGAGUUCACCAGCGCGGGCACGUGGACAGGCUCAACGGCAUGAUCGGCGGCAGCGAGUGGGAGCGGAUGUCGAUUGGGCAGAUGAUGCUCGCCUCAUUCAACGAGGGCAGGGCGCCACCCCACGCUCCCUUCUUCCAUGCCGCACAGGUAUGGAACCAUGAUUUCUAUUGGCGAUCAAUGAAACCUGGCGGUGGAGGCAAGCCCCCGGAACGUCUUCUGAAGUUUAUAAACAGAGACUUCGGAUCAUAUGACGGCAUGAUCAAACAAUUCAUGGAUGCCACACUAACUCAGUUCGGUUCUGGAUGGGUUUGGCUUUCUUACAAGGGGAGCAAGUUACCUCAUGUGAAGUCAAAAAGCCCAAUCCCAUCUGACAAUUAUGGCAGGCUGGUCAUCUCAAAGUCUCCAAAUGCUAUCAACCCACUUGUCUGGGGCCACUCUCCACUCCUUGCGAUUGAUGUUUGGGAGCAUGCCUACUACUUGGAUUAUGAGAAUCGAAGGGCUGAGUAUGUCUCUGCAGUUCUAGAGAAGCUCGUCUCAUGGGAAAUGGUGGAGUCCAGGCUCCGGAAAGCUGUUCUGCGAGCAAUAGAAAGAGACGGUCACACCAGCCCGAAGCAGCGAAGGAAGCAACUUCUGUCCCAGGCUAAAAGCCGCGUCGGGGAUGCAAGCACCAGCGGUGAGGCAAGAAGGCGACCAAGAAGUAAGGAUCAGCAGGCCCCUUCCAGCGUGAGAAUGGUUCCAGCAGGCGAGGCGGUACCGAACUGA